UGGAGGCGGGGCCGAGCGGUGGGCAGGCGACCCGAGGGCCAAGGCUUGGAGCUUGGAGAGGUUAAACAAUUUAAGAUGAGAAAAGUUGAUCUCUGUUUGAGCUCUGAAGGGGCCGAAGUAAUUUUAGCUACUUCAAGUGAUGAAAAACACCCUCCUGAAAAUAUGAUUGAUGGGAAUCCAGAAACAUUUUGGACUACCACAGGAAUGUUUCCCCAAGAGUUCAUUAUUUGUUUUCACAAACACGUAAAGAUUGAAAAGCUUGUAAUCCGAUGUUACUUUGUGCGCACUUUGCGGAUUGAAAAGAGCACGUCUAAUGAGCCGGUUGAUUUUGAGCAGUGGAUUGAAAGAGAUCUGGUACACACAGAGGGGCAGCUUCAAAAUGAAGAAAUUAUGGCGCACGAUGGGCAUGCCACUUACUUGAGAUUCAUUAUUACAUCAGCCUUUGAUCAUUUUGCAGCUGUGUAUAGCAUUUCUGCAGAGGGGACAGCAGUCGCAAAUCUUUCUUAGUAAUUGUAACAAAAUGAUUUUAUGUGA